AUGCGUGAUUCCAACUAUAGGGCAAUUUCAGGCAACAAGGCGGCGGUCACCAUCACCACCAGCUUAUAUGACAGACGAGCAUUAGAUGUCACUUCUGAUAAACCUUUGGUUAAUUCAUUGAAUUUUUUAACUUAUCUAGUUAGUUCGCUGGCAAAAGUGAGAGAAACAUUAUCGAUUGAUGGUGGAAUUGAACGUUUGAUAGAAAUCUUGCAUGAAUGUCAUCAAGCAAACUUAAAUCAAGAUUCCUUAUUAGAUAAUCAAGAAAAGAAGCUUUUGAUAGCUUGGAAAUGGACAUUAGCAUUCCAAUGUCUUGUACUAAUUGGCACAAGGGGCACAGAGCAAAUACGACAAAAAGUAGUGAAGGCUGGAAUAUUACCAAUCAUUGCUACUGUAUUGGACAACUAUUUAUCAUUGCAUGAACGAACUUUUAUUCACGCUUAUUCAAGACCAACACCAGCAACAAGUACUGCAGUGUCAUCAACUACAGGUUCUACAGUUACUACCACAAAUACAGCAACCACCACAACAACAACUCCCACUCCCACUCCUACUGAAGAUACUCCUCCACAUGAAACAUCAGAAGUUGAAAACAGUGGUCCUGCAGAGACCACUCCAACAAAUAAUAAUUUAUUUCGUCAUUUCCAACAACCAGAACAAACAAGACUACCAGAAACUGUAGGGACUCAAGAAGAUCAACGACAACAAGCACAGCAACCACCACCACCACAAACUCAACAAACUCAACAGCAACAACAACAACAACAACAGCAGGUAUUGCCAUCGCCAGGACAGGCUCAAAGACAACAGUCGCAGCACGAUAUUGAUGCUACCAAUAUUGAUGCUCCUGUUGUCCCUCAAGCUGAUUUCCAAAAUCCAAUUCAAAUGGCAACUGCUGCUAUUGAGGCUACGUCAAUUUCAAGCAGUCACUCUAAUAGUUCUGGUAACAGUCUUGAUAUAAAUUUGACAAGUGAUGAUUAUGAUGAUUAUACAGUGGAGCAGUUACUUAAGUUGAUACGUAUUUCGUCUAUAAGUAAAUCCGAAACGGGGAAACCAUAUAGUUCUAUCAAUAAUGAUAUCAGAAGAAGGUACAUAAUUGUCACAAUAUUAAACAAGCUUAGAGAGGAGAAACAAAUGGAGUUUUUGGAUUAUGAUUUCAUAAAUGAUUGCGACUUUGAUAUGGAUAGUAAUUUGCAGUUUCUUUCAGAUAUGUAUGCAAGAGAUUUCGAGAUCAACAGAGCUUAUAACAAUCUGCGGGCAUUUGUUAGAUCGUUUACAGAAACAGGUGUUGUUAUUCCUAGAGAUGAUGACAUUGUGUGGUCUUUGCAAUUAUUAGCAUAUAUUUCCAAGUAUCCGUACCUCAAGGAUUCUUUACAAAAUACUCAUUUGGUGCUAGAUAUGAGUAUUAGAGAUAAACAGUUAAAGAUAUAUCUAGAGAGACAAAUGAAAUUGAAAAUGAAAAAGACAUUAGCUAUAAAAUUACGCGCUAGCAUCACUCCUAAAUCAAGAAAACCUAGAUCGACGUACUUGGAAGCAUUCCAUCCGAGUGCAUCAAAUUCACCACAAAUGGUGACGGCCUUGAAUGAUGACAAUUUUAUUAUGGAAGCCGGGAAAUUUGAUUUGUGUGGAUCUGGUGGCUUAACAGAAACCACAGAACUAGAGGAGGACGAUGAUGACGAUGUCGAUGCUGGUGAUGAAAGAUGA